UUCUAUACACUAGGCUACUAUAAAAUGACUAUUUUAUCACUCCUAUGUAAUUCUUGUUCUUAGUACAAAACCUAAAUCUUUUCUACAAACUCAUUGUUUAUUGUAUAUUGUUGUCUCUUAAUCUGUGUUUUUCACAGAAUAAGGUUUAAAUCAGUGUACAUUAUUUUUAUUAUACUUCACUGUGUAAUAAUAUUGCACAACUCAUUGAAUAAAUGCCUACCUAAUAUACAGUAUACUAGCUAAAUAUUAUUACGACUAGAAAAAUGACCACUUUUGGAGAUAUAACUGAACCUAUUAGUCGAACAGCCUGGGAAGACUGGGAUGAAAUUACGGAAGAACCUGAUUUACCAGAAUUACAAUGGCAGCAAGAUGUUGGAGUUUUAAAAGAGAUAGAAAUGUUAACUAUUUUGGAAGGCAAAUAUUUGUCAGACAUAGUUGCAACUCAGACUCAGUAUAAAUUAGAAUAUGUUAAUUCAAUUAAAGAAGCUAAUCUGAUGUUAUCUAAAUCAGGAAAGAAUCUUAUUUGUUUCAUAAAAGAUUACAGAUUAGUACUUAGCAGUAAUAUAGUUGAAUUAUUGAAACCAUAUCUCUCUGUAAGCAAUAAUGUAAUAUCAAUACAGACAAAGCCCCUUGCAGAAUAUCAAUCAUCUGAAUACUAUAAUCAAGAGUGUUUAUUCAGAACAAUACACACAAGCAAACCAUCAAAAUUCACAAAAUUCAAUUUUCCAAAAUUAGAACAGCCAAAUUUAAUAUCUGGUGUAUCUGCUGGAGUAAUUUCUUUACGGGAGCAUUUGGGUCAAUCAGGAACAGCAGUGAUUUCUUAUAUUGAAUAUCCUGAAGAUUAUCAAAUCGAAGAAAUUCAAGUACUACUUAAACAACUUGAUAUUAUCCAAACUGGUAAUGGAAAGCCAAGUAAUAUAUUAAAUUCUAACUUGUAUAUUUGAUGUAAAAAAUAAUAAAAGUUUUGAAAUUUAAA